AGAAUAGUAAUGGAGUUCGUGUUAAAUCUCAAUAUACCACACAAGUCGGUGUUCGGAUAUCUUGAUUGUCAUAUUCUUGACUCAGUAACAGGAAAACGAAUCGGUAGUAUCAUGAUAACUAACAAGGAUAAUGACGAGGACGACGGUGUUCUGAAUUAUGACCUGAAUAGAGUUAUUUCAACUAAGAAGUAUUCUGCUGCUGCGAGAUCAUCUUUCAGCAGUGACAAAACUAUAGAAGACAUGGGGAUAAAAAGAGAUAAAAUUCGAAAGUAUGACGAACAAUCAGACUCAGAGUAUAGCCAGCGCAGUUUCCAGAAAGAACCACCAAAAUGUCGGCGGCGGAAGUUAGGGCAUUGUAAAGUUGAUUUGCCUUCUAGUCGACAGGAAGCGAGCAAAGACAACGAUAACAUAUCAGUUUCAUCUCAGUCCAUUGAAACUGAAACGGAUUCAGUUUCAUCCAGAUUUGAGCACAAAAUAUUUACCGAAGAAUCAAAUUGUGCUAAAUCCUAUUCCAGCUCAAAUAGGUCAGAUACUCCUCCAGCGCGAACUCCUAGGAGAAAAUAUGGCUACCCUGCCUUACAGUCUGUCAAUGCAAGUUGCAGUUCUAAGAAAAAGGCUACGGAGUCUGAAAAAAUAGGACGCAAAUCAUCAGACAGGUCGACAAAAAGUUUAGAUUUUGAAAACUUGACAAAAGAUUUUCAUAAAUUGUGCGGCUUGCGUAAACGCUCUCCAAAUAGUGCCGAGAUCUCACCGUAUUGUUUUUGCAGAGAUUCCCAUGAAUUUUCAUGUCGCUACUGUAUGUUUUCUUCAACAACAGAGUCGACCAUGAAGAGACAUAUUUCAAUACACGGAUCUGCGAACUACAUGCCACAUAAAGCUAAAAAGUCUAUUUGUAAGAAGCACACCUAUACACGCACUACCUUUAAGUCCAGUUGGAAGAAGUCAGAGUCCUCAUUGAGUUGAUGGAGAGCCGAAGGAACGAGCAGUAAAGGAGAUGAAGACUCGAUUACAUUCCAAAUCUGGAAUGGCGAAUCUAUUGGUUUAUUGCUGUAGUCACUACCCUCAAAGGAUUUAAAGUAUGGACUUAACAUCACAGCAAAGGAAACCAUUAAAACAGACCAAUGGCCAACUCUAUGUUGAUCUCACAUACCGAUCCUAGUCACAUGGCAUUUCACACGGAAAGGUAAAACUUCAUCUUGCACGUAGUCUCGCUCUAAGCUUAACGAAACCGAUACAUUUUCGCAUCGAUCUAAAGUCUUGACACGAUCACCCAAGACGACCCACGAUCAAACGAGACCCUCCUUUGGAAUACGAACAGCUGUUCUUCCUCUCUCUACUUUAACAUCUACAUCUCUCUCCUCUUCACGAAGUCACUGCUCCAACCUCUCAAAGAAAAAUACUUCACCCGUCCUUCACUACAAUAAACAAUUAAAAACAAAAACUCUCUGAACCCCGGAUGGGUGGAACCAGUUCUAAACUUAGUGUUUAUAAACCAAUUAAAUUAUUGAUAAAUCUAUCCCUAUAAAAAAUAGUAAGUAACCAAUCACAUUCCAUCACUAACAUUGACACUCAGUUGUAAGUGCUGAAACUACGUGUAGUUUCAGCACCACAACAAUUUGAAUAAAUCUUAUACUACA